GCUGAGGAGCAGAGCCAGCCAGUGAGCGGAGCCUGCGAGAGGGAGGAGCGCAUCCUGAUGCAGAGAUGCUGCAGUGGCUCCGGGCGCGCACACACUUACGCAUCCUCGCCCGCGGCCGCUGCUGCCGCUGCCGCCGCGCCAGGACAGCCAGUGGCUAAGGCCGGCGGCGGGGCCAAGCAGCUGUGAGGCUUGGCGGCAGGGUCUGCUCACCGGGCUGCCGCAGCGUUGCCCCAGCCAACACCCUUCCCGCACUCCAGGUGUCUCGAAGUCUCCAGUUGAUUCUCCUGGAGCUGGGCUGUGGUUCCUGUCCUCUGAACUCUGCCUCUGCCUGAAACACCCACCAUGGGGACACCCGGCAGGAAAAAGCCAUGCUUGCUGCUGCUGGUGCUGGCCACAGUGGCCCUGGUCCCCUCUCCAGGAUGGAGCUUUGUCCAGGGAACCCCAGCCACCUUUGGACCUGUCUUUGAAGAGCAGCCUGUGGGCCUGCUAUUCCCAGAGGAGUCCACGGAGGAUCAGGUGACACUGGCCUGCCGUGCCCGAGCUAGCCCUCCAGCCACCUACAGGUGGAAGAUGAACGGCACGGACAUGAACCUGGAACCCAGUUCCCGCCACCAACUGAUGGGGGGCAACCUGGUCAUCGCGAGCCCCACCAAGGCACAGGAUGCUGGCGUCUACCAGUGCCUAGCCUCAAACCCAGUGGGCACUGUCGUCAGCAAGGAGGCUGUCCUCCGCUUCGGCUUCCUGCAGGAAUUCUCCAAGGAAGAGAGAGACCCUGUGAAAACCCAUGAGGGCUGGGGGGUGAUGCUGCCCUGUAACCCACCUGCCCACUACCCAGGUUUGUCCUACCGCUGGCUUCUCAAUGAGUUCCCCAACUUCAUCCCAACGGAUGGGCGUCACUUCGUGUCCCAGACCACAGGAAACCUAUACAUCGCCCGGACCAAUGCCUCCGACCUGGGCAACUACUCCUGUCUGGCCACCAGCCACAUGGACUUCUCCACCAAGAGUGUCUUCAGCAAGUUCGCGCAGCUCAACCUGGCUGCUGAAGAUCCCCGGCUCUUUGCUCCCAGCAUCAAAGCCAGGUUCCCCCCAGAGACCUAUGCAUUGGUCGGGCAGCAGGUCACCCUGGAGUGCUUUGCCUUUGGGAACCCCGUUCCCAGGAUCAAGUGGCGCAAAGUGGAUGGCUCUUUGUCCCCUCAGUGGGCCACCGCGGAACCCACCCUGCAGAUCCCCAGCGUGAGCUUUGAAGAUGAGGGCACCUAUGAAUGUGAGGCAGAGAAUUCCAAGGGCCGUGACACCGUCCAGGGACGCAUCAUUGUGCAGGCUCAGCCUGAGUGGCUCAAGGUGAUCUCAGACACAGAAGCCGACAUUGGCUCUAACUUGCGUUGGGCCUGUGCAGCGGCGGGCAAGCCUCGGCCCAUGGUGCGCUGGCUGAGAAACGGGGAGCCUCUGGCCUCCCAGAACCGGGUGGAGGUCUUGGCUGGGGACCUGCGAUUCUCUAAGCUGAGCCUGGAGGACUCUGGCAUGUACCAGUGCGUGGCAGAAAAUAAGCAUGGCACCAUCUAUGCCAGUGCUGAGCUGGCUGUGCAAGCCCUGGCCCCCGACUUCAGGCAGAACCCUGUGAGACGGCUGAUCCCCGCAGCCCGCGGGGGAGAGAUCAGCAUCCCUUGCCAGCCUCGUGCAGCCCCGAAGGCUACAAUACUUUGGAGCAAGGGCACUGAGAUUUUGGGGAACAGUACCAGAGUGACCGUCACUUCAGAUGGCACCUUGAUUAUCAGGAACAUCAGUCGAUCGGAUGAAGGCAAAUACACCUGCUUUGCUGAGAAUUUCAUGGGCAAAGCUAACAGUACCGGGAUCCUGUCCGUGCGCGAUGCAACCAAGAUCACUCUAGCUCCUUCGAGUGCUGACAUCAACGUGGGUGAUAACCUCACCCUGCAAUGCCAUGCCUCCCACGACCCCACCAUGGACCUCACAUUCACCUGGACCCUGGAUGACUUUCCCAUUGACUUUGAUAAGCCUGGAGGUCACUACCGGAGGGCCAGUGUGAAGGAAACUAUUGGGGACCUGACUAUCCUGAAUGCCCAGCUACGUCAUGGAGGGAAGUACUUGUGCAUGGCCCAGACAGUGGUGGACGGUGCAUCCAAGGAGGCCACAGUCCUGGUCCGAGGUCCCCCAGGUCCCCCAGGGGGUGUGGUGGUGAGAGACAUUGGAGACACCACCGUCCAGGUUAGCUGGAGUCGUGGCUUUGACAACCACAGCCCCAUUGCCAAGUACACGCUGCAAGCUCGCACUCCGCCUGCCGGGAAGUGGAAGCAGGUUCGGACCAAUCCUGUGAACAUCGAGGGCAAUGCCGAGACUGCCCAGGUUCUGGGCCUCAUGCCUUGGAUGGACUAUGAGUUUCGAGUUUCAGCCAGCAACAUCUUGGGCACUGGGGAGCCCAGCGGACCAUCCAGCCGAAUCCGGACCAAGGAAGCAGUCCCCUCGGUGGCACCAUCAGGACUCAGCGGAGGGGGUGGAGCCCCUGGCGAGCUCACCAUCAACUGGACUCCCAUGUCACGGGAGUACCAGAAUGGAGAUGGCUUCGGCUACCUGCUGUCCUUCCGCAGGCAAGGCAGCUCCAGUUGGCAGACUGCCCGAGUGCCUGGGGCUGAUGCCCAGUACUUCGUCUACAGCAACGACAGCAUCCAUCCCUACACGCCUUUUGAGGUCAAGAUCCGAAGCUACAAUCGCCAGGGGGAUGGGCCGGAGAGCCUCACUGCACUAGUGUACUCAGCAGAGGAAGAGCCCAGGGUGGCCCCUGCCAAGGUCUGGGCCAAGGGGUCCUCAUCCUCAGAGAUGAAUGUGAGCUGGGAGCCCGUGCAGCAAGACACAAAUGGCAUUCUCCUGGGGUAUGAGAUUCGCUACUGGAAAGCCGGAGACAAAGAAGCAGCCGCUGACCGAGUGAGGACCGCGGGGCUAGACACCAGUGCCCGAGUCACUGGCUUGAACCCCAACACCAAGUACCACGUGACUGUGAGGGCUUACAACUGGGCCGACGGACCAGCUAGCCCGUCAGCCGAUGCCAUGACCAUGAAGCCCCCUCCACGGCGACCUCCUGGCAACAUCUCCUGGACUUUCUCAAGCUCCAGCCUCAGCCUUAAGUGGGACCCUGUGGUGCCUCUCCGAAACGAAUCCACAGUCACCGGCUACAAGAUGCUGUAUCAGAAUGACUUACACCCAACUCCUACACUCCACCUCACCAGCAAGAACUGGAUAGAAAUCCCAGUGCCUGAAGACACUGGCUACGCCCUGGUACAGAUUCGAACCACAGGGCCAGGAGGGGAUGGGAUCCCUGCAGAAGUCCACAUCGUGAGAAAUGGAGGCACAAGCAUGAUGGUGGAGAACGCAGCAGUCCGGCCCACCCAUCCUGGCCCCAUGUUCUCCUGUGUGGUGAUUCUGAUGCUCAUCGGCUGCCGGAAGCUCUGAUCUUACCACUGCCUGCCACACCCAAGCUGGAUAUCUACCCUACCGGACACAGCCGCUGGCCACAGCCCCCCUCCAGCGCCAAGGUGGCCCAACACUGUGCCUGAGGGUGGUUGGCUUAGGCACCUUCUCCCAACAGUACCCUUUAUGUAGGAGGUAGGAUAUUUCUAUUCUGCCACAGGAUGGAAACCACGCAAGGAAUGUCUCUUUGAACCCGGAGGCACUGGGCAGUGACUUCCAUGAUAAUGCUAGGCCCAAAGCCUAGACCCCUCGGGGUCCUGGAUGGAAAGGAACAGGUCUUUGGGCAGAAGGCGUUUAAUGCACAUCUUCAGAUCAGAGCCCCAGGCCCAGCAGGAACCCAGGCAGCAGUGGGCCGAAAGCAUGGGCUGUCAGUUUCUCUCUAGGAGACAGAGGGGCCUCUUCCAGUCCUCACUGGAGGUGCAGCUCAGCUGCUCCCAGCCUGGUCUCCCAUGGCUCCCAGCCUGGUCUCCCAUGGCUCCCUGGCAGUCCUUCCUGCUUGGUAGCCAAUGAACCUCUGGGGAGCGGGGCUCAAGGGGCUGAGAGGCCACAGCACCUGAUGGAAAGAGCACCGGCCCGGGCCCAAGGCCUGUUCACCAGGCAGGUGGCAUUGCCCUCUCAGCCAACACUGCCAACCCAACCCUGUCGCCCUCCAGACUGAGUGACAGAGCGACAGAGCUAGGUGACUAAAGGGCUUGCCUUGAGGAGCUGCCUUGCCCCAUUGAGACGCCUCCUUCGUGGCCCCUCCAGGGUAUGGGCGGGAGAUGCCCAGCUGAACGCCACUCUCUUCCCUUCAGCUCGCUAUAGACCAGUUGCUGCCUCCACCUCCCACAACUGCAGGCCCUGGAAACCAACCUUCAACACAGCGUCCAUUCCCUCCCUGCCCUGGGAUGGAAAGGCCUCUGAGGAGGGCCAGCAUCAAUGUGGCCCUGCCUGCUUCCAGGAAUACCCUCCAUUAUCUGGCCACAUCUGCUCCCCAAACUGCCUCGACUACUCUCUUGAUUCCCCGGAAGAAAAGAGGGUUAAUAAAGGGGGGCAGCCCACCUUGAGUUCGGGGUACAUUACCAGUGACAGACCAGACUAUCAGAACUGAAGAGGCCUUAUAUAGCUUGACUGACCCAUACCCUGCACUUAACAGACGAGGAAAAUGGAGGUCCAGAGAGGGUUAGGGACUUCCUAGGGUCACAUGGCCUGCAAGUGACAAGGCUUGGCCAAGCAUCAGAGUCUUCCACCUGCCUGUGGGAAGCUCUACGGAGGAAGGAGGUAUGGUACUGAGUUGUCACAGCCUGGUCACUAAGGUGGCUGAGGCCUCUGGAGGAUGAGCCUCCUGCUUCAAGAGGUUCCGGCUGAUGAGAAGAUCAGCAUGGAUGUACCCAAUCCAGGCAGAUUCCAGGAGCCAUCGGCCACGAGGCAGGUUUCUGCUGGGAACUCGGCAAGUGGCACUGGCUGGAAGCCGCUCAGGCCCUCAUCUUUGCUCCAAGAAAAGAGGCCAAAGCAGGGACAGAGUUCCCGAGACCAGGACCCUGAGGCAGCAGGACCAGGAACCCCCAGUGUCCACGCCCUAGGCCUCCAGGAUGAGCAGGGCAGGCGCCUCGAGAAGUACCUGCCCUGCUGUUCCAUGGCCCGUCUCUGUAGUUUACAGUUAGAGCUCUAUUUUGUUAUGGUUUUUUAAACUUUAAGCCCUGCUCUGUUUUCCUGGGCAGGUUUCUGUUAGUAUUUACCCACUACACUUUUUUAAAGAUGUACCCUCGCACACCUUCCCCCUACCUCCCCCAAACCUCCCCCUGGAUAGGGACUGCUUUCCUGGAGCUGAUCAAAUCCCCUUCUCCUGUUCUCAGCAUCUCACAUACAAGGGUGCUAGAGGAUCAGCCAUGUGAUCAUUCUCCCUCACCAGGACCCCAAAGUUAGUCUAGCACCCCUCUCCACCCCAUGCUGGCUAGGGCCUAGCCCUGGAAAGCCCCAGCUAGUCCUAGAAAGGGGCAACUGAAAGAAACCUUCCAAGGUUUACCAAUUUCUCACUGCCUUGGGCUGCAGGAGGGGUGCUGGAGAAAUGGGUAUCUAGGGUGAGCUGGUUUGGCACUGGACCUAGCUAGGGAGGUGGAAGGCUGCAACCCCUAAGCAUUUCUUCUAAUAAGGUCCAUGAAAAGCAGGCAAGCUGCUAGAGACCCCAGAAGAGGAAAACCUUAGCCCUGUGCAGGUAGAAUUUGUUUGGGAGGAUGUGGAGCUGUACCAGCAGCCUGAGGCUUCGAGUGGUAGAGUGUUAGCUACGGCGUAGUAAGGCCACAGGUGACUCACCAACACGUGAGCAAAUGAACGGGACAGACUCCCGCUGAGGAAACUUGGCUUGGAAAAGAGGGCUAGAUUAAAUGGCUUCUCAGAGACCCUUCCUGGCCAAGCGUCCUCCUGACUUUUACAGGCUGGGGAAGCUGAUGGGCCGGCUCCUGCUAUGGUCAGGGCUGCUAGAGAUUCCAUCCAUUCACUCUAAACCACACGAGGUAAAAGGGACAGCCAUAAACAAGUACUCUGGCUGGGCUUAGCAGGCAUGAGUGUCCUAAGGGCUAGGGACAGAGCUGCCUGCAGAUAACUCUUGAGGGCCCGGGAGGUGCUCUCUGUUCUGUCCAUACAAGGACUCAGGCCACCACUGAGCUAUCUGUUCCUUGCCAUCUGAUGGUACAGAGGAGAGUGGGUUUUGAUGUCCAGAGCAGCAGGUGACCCCAACAGUAGGGGAGCAGUGAGGUUACAGGGCAGGGAUGAGAGUCUUAACAAAAAACAGAAGAGGAUGAAGUCAAGGUCAGAAAAGCCUCACGCAAUGAGGGAGGGGCUUCUUCUGAGUAAGCUUUGAGGAAUUUGAGUGUUCUUUCAGGAUCUUGGAUGGGUGAAGUCCUGACUCAAGGGGCAGGGGGUGCUGAGUCCUGGAGCUGAGAUCUCAAGAAUCAAAAUGCCUAACACAGGAAAGAAAGCCUUAGAGGUGCCACCUGCUCUGAUCCCUACAGCUUAGAAAAGCCAUCGAAGGGAAAGGUCCACCACAGAGCAGUCCUUACAAACCAGUGCCUUCCCCGUGGGCACUGCCUCUCUGCAGUCCCCAAAGCCAUCCUCGCCUGUGCUCUGGCCAAGAGCUCAGUGUGGCUGGUGAGGCUCCCCCCGCCCCCACAUGCCUUUCCCAGCAACAGAGGCUCCUUUUCUUUUCCUAGUGUCCAAUAGCCAAUAGGGCUCCUGUAUGUCAGAGGGACAGGAGUCCUGGUACCUGUUACUAGUUCAAGUGUGGUGUUCUGUCUUGCUGAGACCAAACCUAGCGAGGGGACCUCCAGGUGGAAUUAGGGGACCCUAAAGGACUUGAAGCAGCUCACUGGGAACAGUGCUGGCAGCUGGGGGUGGGGUGGUACCUCUUGACCCUGGUACAUUCAUAUGGUCACAGGCUUUGGGGAAAGCAGGGCAUUAAAGAAAGCCUGGAGAGGAACGGGAUGGGUCGAGACAGCUCUGUCCAGAGCCCCGGGCAGCUUCAGAGGCCUACGGCCUGUAAUUUCUUUAGAGGAGACUCAACCUGCCUCGGCACCGGAUACCUCCAACUUAGCCCCCAUUCCAGAGUCUGCACAGCUCUGAACUUGGGGCUUCUUUGGAUCACUGAUGACAGUUCCUGUUCAAAUGCAGCCCCUCCACCCCAGCCCACUGUCCUCAUUCUUGUACUAUUUAUUGACUCUGGUAGCAAGCAGUUCUUAAAUAAAGAUGUUUUCUCAACCUGCCCAGGCA